AUGGGGACCUGGUCUAAGGUUUGCUGUCAGCAUUACCACUGCCUGGUUCAGUGUCUCCAGGACCGGAGUGCCCAGAAUAUCAUUCAUUGGUGGACCUGCCAAGUGGUCCCAGAGGCAUUAAGUGAGCCUCAUCAAGUUGCAAGGAUCUUGCUGAAAUGGAGUCAGCAUACCUUAAAAAAGCACCUCGGGGCAUGUCUAAUGCAGGGUCUUGCAGAAGUGGCAAAACUUCGUCCAGUGGAUCCAGUAGAAUAUUUAGCAUUGUGGCUUUACAAGUAUAAAGAAAAUGUGACCGCAGAGCAAGCAAGAGAUAGGGAAAUGGGGGAGUUGGAACGUGAAAGAGAAAUAGCUCUAAUGGAGCAAGAAAUAAUGGAGAGGCUCAAAGCAGAGGAGCUUAUGUUCCAGGAGCAACAACUGGCCUUCCAGCUAGAGCUGGAAAUGCAAGAAAAAGAGAGAGUGAGAAUAGAAGAACUAAAGAAAAUAGAAAAAAUAAUGGCAAAGGAGGCAAGAAUGAAUAUGGAAAAUAUAGUUAAGGGUGAAGAUGCUGCCCAUUUAGAGGAAUCAGGCAAAACACUAGCUGAAAUUAGUGACCGGUAUGGGGCGCCUAACUUGAGCAGAAUGGAGGAGCUUGAUGAGCCGAUGCUAUCUGAUGUUGCGUUGAACAUUGAUCAAGAUUUAUAGUCUCAACCAACCCAAGGGUAAUAA